GCCGCGGGGCCGGGAGCGGGAACGGCGUGAGGGAGGGGCGGGAGGAGGGAAGCCGGGAUAACCCGGGAUCGAGUCCGCGACCUUUCCGCUUCCGCCCCGAGGCGCCGCCACCGAACGGGAGCGGGAGCGGCGUGAGGGACAGGACCCGGGAUCGAACCCGCGGCCUUUCCGCUUCCGUCCGGGGCCGGGAGCGGGAGCGGGCGGAGCGGGCUCUGCCCGAGCGGGUGAAACGCGUGCUCGUCCUCGAGCCCGCCGCGGUCACUGCAGCCCUCGGCAUGGACAGGGGAAGAGCGGCUGAGCGCCCCAAACCCUUCCCGGCUGAUUCCGCCCUGGGAUUUGUAGAGAAGCUCUUUGAGGCAGCGGGGGAAGGACGGAGCUCCCGGCGCUCCAAAUCCAGCAGCGACCGGAGCCGCAAACGGGAGCUGAAGGAGGCGCUUGGCGAUGGCUCUGAGGGGUCCGAGGAACCCUCCGGGGCCCAGGAACGGCGCGUCCCGCGCUUCGAGGAGGUGCAGGAUGAGCCUGAAAUCAUUGCAGGCCCUCCAUCGGAGAGCCCAGGGGUGCUGACCGCGCUCCAGAUCCACCAGGUGAUGGAGGCAGCCAUGGAAGAGAUUGAGGAGAGGAAAAACGAGAUGAGUUUCAUCAGCCCUCCAAGACCACAGCCCAAAAUUUCCUCUUGUUCAUGCCAAUGGGAGCGGCUCCGCAUGGGCAGCACCCAGUUCAUGAAGGAUGCCGUGGAGAAGGGCAGGAAAGGUGCGGGGCUGCGGGCCGGGCACGGGGCUCGGCUGGCACUGAGAGCAGGGCCCGUUGGCAAUGCCAACACGGUGGCACCGGCCGGCCUGCAGGGCACGGGGCUCGCAGGGCCCGUUGGCAAUGCCAACACGCUGGCACCGGCCGGCCUGCAGGGCACGGGCACCGCGGAGCUGAGGGCUCAGAGCAAACCAGCACCUCUGAUCCUGGACGAGCACGGCCACAGGGCGGAUGCCAGCGGGAAGGAGAUGGAGCUCACCCACCGCACGCCCACCCUGACGGCCAACAUCAGAGCGGCGAGGAGAGAGGAGCAGCUGAAGCUGAAGCAGUUUUUGAAGGAAAAGCCCUCAGGAGACGUGGAAUCCAGCACCCGCGUUGACCCCCCGCAGCGGCGGAAACGCGCCUUGAAGUUCCACGGAAAAGGCAAAGUUGAGAAAAUCGCCCCGAGGUUGAGGGCGAAGGCUGGGCUGGAAAAGCUGCGGGCAGGGAUCUCCCCGGCUGCCAGGAAAAGCGGGGUUCGCACCCAACCGGCCCCGAUCGCCCCAGAGAAGGAGCCCAAGGAGGGGGAGACCCCGGGAUUGAGUGGGGGGGACCCCCACGUCCUCCCCAGUUGGAUUGGAAAGGUGGCACAAAAACCAGAGGAACCCUUUGGCAUCGCCAGCCUGGCGCAGCGCCCAGCCCAGCCGAGCCCCCCGGUGCACGGGGUGUUAAUUAAACACAAUUUAACCGAGAAAGAGAGGAAAUUGCGGCGCCAUGAAGCGCAGAAGGAGCUGCGGGAGAAGCUCAGGAUCCCCAGGCUGGGGCUGGGCACAGGAGCUGCGCAGGACCCCACCGCCAUGGAUGCAAACCAUGAGAUAAAAACAAACAGAGACUCGAGGGAGAUCAGAAAUUAA